AUGGGAAAUAAACAAAAAUUGAAAAUAAGUAGCCAUAGAAAAAAUAAGACUUUAAUUGCAAAGAGAAGCUUUUUACCUGAUAUAACAACGAAAGGUACCGAAACUAAUAUUAAUUCCUCAGAUAUAGAGAAACCUUGUUCCUCAACAUCACAAGUGCUCCAUCAUAGCACCACUUUACAUAUAACCAACGAAUUUGUGGAGGAUAUUGAACAUAUAAAUAGUGACGUAGAUAGCACCGUCACUCCAGAAAAUAAAUCAAAAGGAAUAAAAAGAUCUCUGAAACAUGAAUCUUCCACCCUGGAGGGCAAUCGUAUAGUGAAUAUUAAGCAUUUUUUUAAAGAAAUUGUUUCAUUUAAUCACUGCGGAAUGUUUUCCUGUACACCACGAGAGCUUGAAAUUGUACAUGAAAUCAGAAAGGGAUUUAUGUCACAAAUUGUUAUUAAAUGCAAAAUGUGCCGAGUGAAAAAAACUGUUACAACAAGCCCGGACGACGGAAAAUUAAAUACAAAUCAGGCAUCUGUUUUAGGAACAAUAAGUAUUGGUUGUGGAUAUUCACAGAUGUCAGAAUUUUUUAGCACUCUUGACAUUCCACCAUUAGGCUAUAAACUGUACAAAACAGAAGAAAAAAACCUACAGCAAGUUAUAGAACAGGAAAACUGGAAGGUCAUGAUGGAAGCUGGUGCAGAAGAAGCCAAGAUCGCUAGAGAAAAUGGUGAAGUGGAUGAAAAUGGAAUUCCACAAAUAACAGUUAUAGCCGAUGGAGCAUGGUGCAAAAGAUCAUAUCGCUCAGCCUAUAAUGCCCACUCUGGAGCGGCAUGUAUCGUUGGAAUUGGUCUGGUACGUCAACAUCUAUGGAAAGCGAUAUCAUUCUUGAAGGUUUCAAACGUAGUAUAG